AUGCGGGCGCUGGGGCUCGGGGCACGGCUGACACGGGGGGUGCUGGGGGCACUGCACCGGGGGCACUGCUGGGAGUCGGGGCGCUGGAGGCACUGGGGAGCCUGGGAGCGCUGCCGGUGCUGGUGGCGUUGCUGGGACUGGAGGCACUGUGGGUACCUGGAGCACCGCGAGCGCUGGGGGUUCGGGGAGUUCUGGAGGCGCUGGGUCACGGGAGGUGCUGGAGCACUGGGGGCGCUGGGAGCACUGGGGGUGCUGGGGGUGCUGCUGGCGCUGCUGCCGCCCCCCGCCCCGGCCGAGACGUUCUCUGCCAUGCUGAGCGUGCGGGGAGCGCUGGGCGCCGAGCGCCGCCUGCUCCGCCGGCUCCGCUCCUACCUGCGGGACGAGAGCUCCCGCCUGCGCCUCCUCCGCAGGUUCUAUGAGAAGGUCCAGGCACUGCACCAGGACCCCGAGGCCUCGGUGGACAACCCCUUGUUGGCCUUCAGCCUCAUCAAGCGCCUGCACUCGGACUGGCCCAGCAUCAUCUACUGCGAGGAGGCCACCAGGAACACCCAGGCACUCCAUGCUGGCCUCAGGGAGGUGGAGCAGGAGCUGCCUGGAGCUGAGGACCUGGACGGGGCAGCCAGGGCGCUGAUGAGGCUGCAGGACGUGUAUGCCCUGAGCGUCAAGGGCUUGGCCAGCGGCGUCUUCCAGAGAGCCGGGCACCCGCCCCUCUACAGCCCCGGCCGGCGCGCCUCCCUCUCUGCCGACGACUGCUUCCACGUGGGAAAGGUGGCCUAUGACACAGGUGACUAUUACCAUGCCAUUGCCUGGCUGGAGGAGGCUGUCAGCCUCUUCCGCCUCUCCUACGGCAGCUGGAACCUGGAGGACCGGAGCAGCCUGGAGGAUGCUCUGGACCAUCUGGCCUUCUCCUACUUCAUGGCUGGAAACAUCUCUCACGCCUUGAGCCUCUCCAGGGAGUUUCUCCGCUACGAUCCCAGAAACCAAAGGGUGUCGAGGAACGUGGCCAAGUACAAGAAGCUGCUGGAGAUGGGGAUGGGGACAAGUGCCAGGCCCCUGCAGCGCCCCAACAGCACCCGCCUGCAGAGCCGUGACGCCUACGAGGAGCUGUGCCAGCGCCCCAGGGUGCAGCCAGCCCCAGAGCAGCUCCUGCGCCUCGGCUGCUCCUACGAGACCAACGGCAGCCCCUUCCUCCUCCUCCAGCCGGCCAAGAAGGAGAUGGUCCGGAUCCGACCCCACGUGGCUCUGUACCACGAUUUCAUCACCGAUGCUGAGGCUGAGACUAUCAAGGGGUUGGCAGGGCCCUGGCUGCAGAGAUCCGUGGUUGCCUCUGGGGAGAAGCAGCAGAAGGCCGAGUACCGCAUAAGCAAGAGCGCCUGGCUGAAGGACACGGCCGACCCCGUGGUGCGGGCGCUGGAUCGGCGCAUGGCCGCCCUCACCGGCCUGGACCUGCGGCCGCCCUACGCCGAGUACCUGCAGGUGGUCAACUACGGCUUGGGAGGCCACUACGAGCCACACUUCGACCACGCCACGUCCACGAAGAGCCCCCUGUACAGGAUGAAGUCGGGCAACAGGAUCGCCACAGUCAUGAUCUACCUGAGUGCCGUGGAGGCUGGAGGCUCCACUGCUUUCAUCUAUGCCAACUUCAGCGUGCCCGUGGUCAAGAAUGCAGCUCUUUUCUGGUGGAACCUGCGGAGGAACGGGAAUGGUGACGGGGACACCCUCCAUGCUGGCUGCCCCGUCCUGGCCGGGGACAAGUGGGUGGCCAACAAGUGGAUCCACGAGCACGGGCAGGAGUUCCGGCGGCCGUGCAGCGCUGACCCACAGGACUGAGCCACGUGGGACCACAGAUGUGACAUCUGCAGGUGGCAAAGCCACCCGGCACAGCAUCUCCCCAGGGAGGGAGAGAUGGAGGGAAGGGGGCAGCAGCUGAGUAGGGGCUGA